GAGGGAGAGAUGGAACUAAACAGUGAGUAAGAGGAGCAGAGGGAGGCGGGACGUGUGUGAAAGCCGCAGCAUGUUUUUCCAGAUCGUAUCUGUGAGACCUUCGGACUCUGAUUUAGCCGUGGUGAGCUCCUGAGGGAUGGAUGCAGAGACGGCAAGAGGGAUACGGAAAAAGAGAGAAAUAGAUGGAUAGAUCCAGAGAGAGAUAAAGAGGCAGAGUUGCAGGUACGUCUGGAUUCUGCUGCUUUUCUUCUUCCACUCAGGAGCUACAGCAUGUCGAUGUCCUGAGUGAAGAGAAUCAGAUCUCACCACCACUCACACGCUGCCUCUGAUCACUUUCUCAUGUCCGCUCGCCGCUCGCUCUGACGUGAGGUCAGCCGUGACAGAUGUGUCCAGGUGUUCGGCGGCCGGUUCUGCAGCUGCUCUGCCCUUUUCUGACGAUGUGACUGCGGAGUCUGAGGGUCAGGACGCUUCCCACACCGACACACUGACAGGUUGCAGAUUUACUCUGCUGCUGAGGGACCGGUCUGGACGCGACGCAGCCCUGAGGAAACUAAAGCCUUGAUCUUUCACGUCGUGUCCUGCUGAAGUUCGAGAAAGUCUCCAGAAGCUCCACUGGUGGAACACUGGAAAAUUUCAAGCAGCCCUGAAUGUUCAUCAAUGUCAUCCAGGCACUGCGACGUAUUUUACCCCGGAUCCGGCGUUCAUCUUCGUCCGGCUCGCAGAGUCACUUAGUAUUCCAAGCUGAAGGUCCAGAAAGAAACGUUUCCAAUGCUCACGGGGAACUGUGUGCUGCUGUUCCUCUGGUGUCUCCUGGACAAGAGCUUCGUCUCUCCAAUGCACAGGUGGGGAAAGGAGCACCACGGGGGUCCGAGGGAACACAGGAGGCCUGGCAUGGCGGGGCUUCAAAGAGUCAAACGAGGAUGGGUGUGGAACCAGUUCUUUGUGCUGGAGGAAUACAUGGGGUCUGAACCGCAGUAUGUUGGAAAGCUACACAGUGACCUGGAUCGAGGAGAGAACUUGGUGAAGUACACGCUGUCUGGAGAAGGAGUUGGUUCCAUUUUCACCAUCGAGCCCACCACCGGAGACAUCCAUGCCUUGAGGAGCCUGGACCGCGAGGAGAAGCCAUACUACACGUUGAGGGCGCAGGCUGUGGACGUCUUCACCGGGAAAGCUCUCGAACCCGAGUCCACAUUUAUCAUCAAGGUCCAGGACAUCAACGACAACGAGCCAAAGUUCCUGGAGGGUCCGUACGUUGCUAGCGUCCCUGAGAUGUCACCUGUAGGCACGUAUGUGACACGCGUCACAGCCACUGACGCCGACGACCCCACGUACGGAAACAGCGCCCAGAUCGUCUACAGCGUCCUCCACGGCCAGCCGUACUUCUCCGUAGAACCCAAAACCGGUGUGAUAAGGAUUGCAUUACCCAACAUGGACCGGGAGAUUAAGGAGUCAUACCAGGUCAUGAUCCAGGCCAAAGAUAUGGGAGGACAGCUGGGGGGUCUGGCUGGGACCACUACCGUCAACAUCACGCUCACUGAUGUCAACGAUAAUCCACCAAGGUUUGCUAAAAGUGUCUUUCACCUGCGAGUUCCUGAGUCAGCGCCGAUCGGUUCCUCUGUGGGGAAAAUUAAAGCUCACGAUCUGGACACAGGGCCGAAUGCCAAGGUGGAGUACAGAGUCGUACCGGGAGACGGCAGCUCUGUGUUUGACAUCUACACCGAUGAACACACGCAGGAGGGCAUCGUGCUUCUCAGAAAGCCGCUGGAUUACGAAAACAGGAAGCUGUACAGUUUUAAAGUGACAGCGUCUGACCCACACAUGGACGCUCGUUUCCUGCAGGGUGGCUCACACAGCGACUCGGCGGUGGUCAAGCUCAGCGUGAUGGACGUGGAGGAAGCUCCGAUCUUCAGCAGCUCAGAGUACAGCAUGGAGACGCGAGAGGGAGCUGCAGGGAACGCCAUCGGAACCGUGAACGCUCACGACCCUGACACGGGACACAGUCCCAUCAGAUACUCCGUUGAGUGGAGCACAAACUCGGAGAAUUACUUCGACGUGGAUCCCGUAGAAGGAAGGAUUUCAUCUCGAGAAGCUUUGGACAGAGAAACCACACCGAAACACAACAUCACUGUUGUUGCAACUAAAGUUAACAAUCCGCAGCUGUUCACUCGAGUCAGUGUCUCAAUCACAGUGCUGGAUGUCAACGAGUUUCCUCCAGAACUUUCUUCUCCAUAUGAAGCAUUUGUUUGUGAGGAUGCAAAAGUAGGCCAGGUGAUCCAGAUCCUCAGUGCUACAGACAGAGACAUGCCCAAUCUCGGACACAGGUUCUUCUUCAAAUCUCCAAGAGAUAUCCGCAACAAGAACUUCACCAUCCGAGAUUAUGGAAACAACACGGCCGGGCUUCUGAACAGGCGUGCAGGGUUUCGGCGGAUGGAGAAGAGUGUGUAUGAGGUGCCGGUAGUGGUGGAGGACAGCGGGUUCCCCAUCCUGAGCAGCACAGGGACGCUGAGCGUACGAGUCUGUGCUUGCGAUGUCUCCGGCUCCGUCAUAAGCUGCAGCACCAAAGCUUUUCUUCUACCUCUGGGUCUCAGCCCUGGAGCUCUGCUGGCCAUCCUGCUGUGUGUGAUCAUUCUGCUGGCGAUCGUGGUGCUGUCCGUGUCUCUGAAGCGCCACAGGAAGAAAGACGCUCUGAUGUCAUCCAGAGAGGAUGCGAGGGACAACGUGAUCCGCUACGACGACGAGGGCGGCGGCGAGGAAGACACGCAAGCCUUCGACAUCGGGACUUUACGCCACCCGGAGGCCAUCGAGGACACGUCUGUCCAGCGUUACGACCCGAGGGAGGACGAGGACGGUGAGGACGUUCAUGUGUACCUCCAACAGCGCUUACAGGAGAACCACAGAGACGCCACAGAACCACCGUACGACUCUCUGGCCACGUUCGCCUAUGAAGGCGAAGGCUCCGUGGCCGAGUCUCUGAGCUCCAUCGAAUCGCAAUGUCACGAUUCCGAUAUUAACACCGAUUUGACGUCAAUCGGAGACCUGGGGCCGCGUUUUAACACCCUGACUCUGAUCCUCAUCGGAAGAAAAAGCGACGAGACCGAAGCGCGUCUCCCGCAUGCUGAGGGAUCAGAACUGAGACGAGACGACUGAUGACACUUUAUUUUCAGAAAAGAGCUGUGUGAAAGUGAAUGCCUGGAAAGGUAUUAUUUCAGGCAUAACACUUCGACAGAGACAGUAGGAGAGGCGUGCGUGUUUUUUUUCUUUCUUUUCUUUCGUUCACACGCCUCUCUUCAACCCAUUUUCAACUCAUUUCAGUUGAAAGUUGCAAAUCCUUCCAACUGCGUUUUCACUUCAGCUCCAUGUUUGCACUUGUCAGAAACUGAGUUUUCGGGAAAAAAAAAAUCCUUUUGGGGGAUUUUGAAGCGCCCCUUUGAUAUGAAAAAAGUGCCUCAAAAAAAUUUAUUUUCUUUUUCUCGCUUGGUUCACACACACUCAUUCUUCGAUGCUAAGCAACUUCGCUCUGUAGCUUGGGUUUCUCAUUUGUUAUGGAAAAAAAAUAUGGAUGAAUAAAUAAAGAAAUA